ACCUGUGAGAGUUCAAACAGGAUCCCGUUAGAAGCGUUAUUGGGAUCGCUUCCACGCCGCCAGGUCACAACCAGAAGGAUGGAGGCAUUUUCCCACCGCGGCUUCCUUCUCGAACGUGGGAUGGCUGGUUUAAAGAACAAAUCGGUGUGCCUACUUUAAAGAUGGAUGGCCCUACAACAGAGGGGGAGGAAAAAGCACCCAACGAUGAGCUGGAGUGCAAAAUCUGUUAUCAGAAAUUCAGUGUCCACAGUCGCAAACCCAAAAUCCUGGACUGCCUCCAUCGGGUGUGUGCUAAAUGCCUGGUCAAAAUCCUCCAGGUUGGAGACGGCUCCCUUUGCAUAAGCUGCCCUUUCUGCCGCCAUGAAACUGAGCUUCAGGAAGAAGUGGAAGGCCUCCCUGAUGACACAAACGUUAUGUCCAAACUCAUGGCCAGGGACAAAACAGCACGGAGUUCGGACUGCAAAGAAGUCGUCUUGACUCCAAAGAGCCUGGCGUCCUCAAGCCCUUCUCAGGGGUCGUCAAACUGCUUGGUGAUAACAAUCAUGGAAGUCCAGAGAGACUCUGUGGCAAGGACGCCGAGCCAAAACACCCUCUCGGAUUAUUACACAAAUGAUCACAGUCUUGACUCAGCCUCUGUGAACUCUCACAGCCAACUAGACCAAGAUUUUGUCUCUAAAUUCUGCACCCACAUUCCCAGGAUACUAGUGUGGUUGCUUGGAUUUUUCUACUUUGGGUCUUUACCACUUGGAAUCUAUUUAUUGGUGAUUCAGAAAGUGACCCUUGGAAUUGUUUGCGUCAGUCUCGUCCCUUCCAGUAUCACUGUAUGUUUGGUAUAUGGUUUCUGCCAAUGCCUCUGCCAGGGAAUGUGCGACUGUUCCCAUAGGAACUGAAUUUUUUUAUUUUAAAAAAUGGAAUUUUAUAAUUUAGAACUUGCAGGCCUUUUGGAAUUAUGAGCUAUUAAAAUGUGAAAGUAUGUUUCCCAAAGGCUUGUUGUGGAAACAAGGAUUGGAGAUAAAGCUUCAGUGGAGCCCUUUUUCUCCAUGAUAAUAAUGAUCCCCAAAGGCCAUCCAGUCCGGCCCUGUUCGGAACCAGGAGUUGCUUUUAAGUUGGAUGUUUGUAACCCUGUGUUGUCAAAGUUUGCCUCAUGGGCAUCUUUGAAGGCUCAUCUUCUCCCUUCUUCACUCCUUUUCCUCACCCAGUUCUAAUAAAAAAGCUGCAGAGUUUUCCCUUAUGUCUGCUGGGAGUGACAGUUUGGCUAUAUAAGCCUUAUCGUUUUCAGAAACAGAAGGAUUUAUUUUACAGGGCUUCUUAUGGUAAGCUAUUCAACAGGAAAGGUAAGCAUGUGAGCUUUAAUGAGACAAAAUGACAUAUCAGAUCUGGAAAAAUCAAUAGUGAGGGUUUGUAUAAAUAAAGGGUUUGUAUAAAUAAAUGAAGCAAAAAUCAAAACCCUCAUUUCCAUGAAAAGAACUAGUUUCCCUUUCUCAGUUGUUUUUAUAGAAAUGGCACCUUUAUAUUUGCUUAAAACUAUAGAGUACUAGAGGAAACAAAAUUAUUUUAAUGCUUUAUUAAUGUAGCUGGGUUCUUCUGUUCUGUUUUUCCUGGAUUAUCAUAAACUGGCAAAAUCAAAGAGGUGCAUUAUAGCUCAGAAGCUCCAUUUGUAAGGGGAAAAAAGAAAAAUACACAAAAGUAAAUUCAAUUUGCAAUUACUUUCUGAAUAAAUUGUACUUUUAAUAUACCAAAGUGCUAAUUUUUUUUUCAAAUGUUCUGGGUUGUGUUCCUUCCAAGUUCUAGAAGCAUUGCUUUAAAAACCCAACAGUUGCAACAGCCUGCAAAACAAGACAGCUCUUCCAUAUUCUUCUUUGCUGCAAAACUUUAGGGAAAGUGCCACAAAAGGAGGGAAGUUGUAUUCAGUAAAGGAAAACACACUCAGUGUUGAACAGCUUCAUAGCUCAUACACUUUCCAAGUACAUCACAGAUCUGCUGGUGCUAAUGCAAACACAAUAGCCAGCAAUGAACCUGCAUCAAGUAUGUGAAUGCUGCAGAGCUUUUAAUGGCUCCACUUCUCAAAAAAUAAACAAAACUCAGAUGAGAAAUACCAUAUUACAUCACAUAUCAAUGCUAAUAAAAUGUACUCACCUUUACUUUCUCCUCCAGUCUUCCUAAACGCACAUUUCCUUCUAUUAUUUUGUUGAGGACACCGUACUUCUCUUUUUCCAAACAACUGGUCUAAAGGAGAAACAGGAGGGGAGAGAUAUUUGAAUUUGCAAAUGCUGUUGCGAUCUUAAAAUUGUAACACUGAAUUCAAUGUUUGUGAGUGCUCAGGAGACUGCAUUAGGAAUACAUGAAGCUGCUUUAUAUAAAUUCAUAUUAUUAUCUAUCUGUAAGACUCGUAGGUCCAAAUACCAUUCCAAAAGAACCAGCCUGGAAAUUUGACUGAAGCAACAAACGACUUCAUCAAAAAAUUUGCAAGGGGGUUUUACCAAGAAAGGCAUGUGCAAACAAGGUUCAGCAUGAUUUUAUAUCACAUGGCCGGUCCCUCCCCUUUACUAUUUCUUAAUAUAAACUGUCUUUUAGUCCCUGAAUGUAAGUUAGUUGAACCAGAAGAGUGAUUUUUGAAAAAGAAUUACCAGGUUUAAAAGUUGGUCACGUUCUCGAGUGACAUUUUCUGUCAAACUGACCAGAUUUGCUAGAUAUUGAUGAGCCACAAUCUCUUUGUCCAUUGCUUCUUCCAGCUGCUGCUUCAGAUGACCAAUUUUCUUCUGAGAUUGCCUAGAGGUUUUAAAAAAAGAAUGUAGAAUGUUUUCUUAGGAAGCAGUUUUAAGAUCAAUAAUAUUUCAAUGCAGUCAAUUCUAGUGCAAUUCAACACACACAAUGACUUCAGUAAAAUUAGACCAAUUUCAGCAAGGUGGGUGUACUCUAGAACUAUGGAGGUACACAUGCCAUCUUGCAAAACUAAUAAGAACAAAUAUGUACAGGUGGCUUGUGGCUAUAUUGCAGUAACACUAACUAACUGCUAUUUAUUAUGGAUUGUAGUCUGUCUUUGUGCAGGAUGUUGGCAUAAAGAGUGUCAACAGUGAUGACACACUGCCAUUAACACUUAUUCCAGCAAUGAAAACUUCUCCAGGGAGCUGAGUCUCCUUUGUGGGGAGAAAAAGCAGGGUAAAAAUUAAACAUCAUCAUCAUCGGAUAGUAGAAAUAAUCAAUCCCAUCAUUCUGGCCCACAACAUCACGUUCAAAGACCAUAAUGAUGAUAUAAUGGUGUUGUCACUGGGUUGCUGUGAGUUUUCCGGUCUGUAUGGCCAUGUUCCAGAGACAUUGUUCCAUACAGCCUGGAAAACUCACAGCAACCCAAUGAUUCCAGCCAUGAAAGCCUUCAACAACACAGUACUGUCACUGCUUGUUACAGUUUGAUUUUCCAGCUUCAUCUGUUCCUUUCUAGUGUCUGUUUUGGCAUCUCAAAUGAGAUUGUGAGCUUCUUGACUCUUGUCAUAACCAAUCAGGAAAGAAACCAUACAUGUUCCUCUUACAUGUAAAUCUACCAUGAACCGAUUACUCAAAAAGAUACUUUCAGCACAGUGUCAUCUAGAUAAGGCUACAAACGACAGACUACAAUCCUUUUGUCUCAGAAACGCUAUUAUGGGGAUCAAUACACAGAAGAAUGAUUUCCUCAAACCUUCUUUUACUUGACAAUGAAGACUAAAAAAAUCUCUCAUUUAAACAAAUCUGAGAUUUUCCCUGGUAUUUAAUAUAUAUUGCAGUCAUGUAUAACACUUUCAAUUAUCCAAUGUGAGCGCAAAAUUCAGUUUUGUACAACUAAGUUACUGAAAAUGAUUAGGUUUGUUGGCUCCCCUUUCUUUCCAAAACAAAACCAAUAAUGAAAAAGAAAUAAAGAUGAACCUUUUUGCUUUCUGUGCCAUUUCCAGUUCAGCUUCUAGAACCUUGUUUUCAGCCACCAAAUCAUUUUUCUCAAUAAGGAGACUUCUCUUUUCUGCUUGCACAAAAGCUAGUUUUGUCAUUAAUUCCUUGGCUUCAGUCUCUCUCCUUUCUUGUUCCUCUUGCAGCUGACUGCAGAAAAGAGGAAUGAAUAAAAACCAUGCAUCCAUAAAAAGGACAACUUCCCCAAUCGAAAUGGACCAUUAGAAAUGGCACGGAAAUUAUCAUUAUUUCCACUGACAAGGUUACUAUCGCAGACGUUAAAAGCUGUAAAUAUUACUCAGUGAAAAUGUUCUGCUCCACUCUGAACAGCACACAGAAAAAACAUUUCCUUCUGCAGUCUGAAGAUUUGUGCACUCAGCCUUCACUGUAACUAAAACAACUUCCAUCAGAUUAAAAGGCCAAGGCUGACUUGACAUUAAACAAGCCUUUGGUUUUAACUUGCAGGUUUCAAGACGUAUAAAUAGCAUCAGCUGAAUAAGGUGUGAAUUCAGCCCUUUUUAUCUCCCGUUCUUGUUUUUCAGGAGAAAAAAACACCCCACAAUUUCUAACAGCUGGCAGGCUGUUAGGAAUUGUGGGAGCUGAAAUCCAAAACACCUAGAGGGAGGGCCCAAGUUGGCCCAGGCCUGCUCUAGAUUCAAUCAUUUCAAUGGAAUGUCUUCGUGUGUAAUCAUCUGGCUAAGAAAGAGACAUUUUAUCUUAAUAAAACAUAGCAAUAUCAAAUUGAAUGAUCCAAAACAUUCAUUCUGACAAUGUGAUUUCCAAAGCUACAUAAAAGCCAGAUAAAUGCAUCUCUAAUUGUGAUAGAAUGCCUCCUAACUAGGGCAGCCAGAUGCAAAAUAGGGCAAGAUUUUUGCACCUUUGACAGCAUGCAGAAGAUAUUAUUUCUGUAUGAUUAGACCCACAAGCCAAAUUUCCUUUUUGCACAUCUAUUGAAGGUGCAGAAUCUCAGUUCUCUUUUACAUCUGGCCAUUCUUCACAUUUCUAAUAACACAUUUUUCAUUGUAUCCACACCCUUAUUGUGUAGGCUUUUUUUUUUUGCUUGAAUACUGUGGGAUUCCCACCUCAUUCUCAUGCCACUGCUUUCCUCUACUCAAGGAGAGAAAUACUGAAAGCAGAAGGGCAGCUCUUACUUUCUGUGGCUGAGAAACUGCCAAAUUUGAAUAAUAAUUAUCAGCAGCAUCAUUUCUCCUCGAGGCUCAAGGCAGUGGGGCACAACAUAGUUAAGAACAUCAUCAUAAAACAUUAUGUAAAAUACAUAUACUGAAAUGUAUUUCUAUGAACUGCACAUAUUAAAUUCACAGAAUGAAUAUCAAAAUACAGUAAACACAGGCUGGAGUUACACUUCAAAAUCUAUCUAUUCUGACUUACAAACAAAUUCAAUAAAAACAAAUCUACAGAACCCAUUUUGUUUGUAGAUUUUUUUAUAGUGUCAAAGGCGACUUGAGAGCAUACUGCAAGUCACUUCUGGUGUGAGAGAAUUGGCAGUCUACAGAGAUGUUGCCCAGGGGAUGCCCGGAUGUGUUAACUGGGAGGCUUAUCUCAUGUCCCCAUAAGCUAGAGCUGACAGACAGAAGCUCACCCCAUUUCACAAUUGUAAGUUGUGGACUCUUUCAAGCAGCAUCGCUUUUAUAUUAUUUUCUAUCAGACACUUACCAUUUCAAUUUAUUUACUGAAGCAUCAUGUUCCUCUACAGUUAUUUGAUCUUUAACACUUGUUUUUAACUCUUUGUAUGUGGCGUGUAAGUCAUCCAGCUGCUUCUGGCAUUCUUUCAGGUCUUCUUCUUGGCUCUGUUUUUUGGCUUCCAAAAUCAUUAGCUGUUUCGUUAAUUUGGAAACUUUAAUAGUAAAAAAGAAAGGAACACAAAAUGUUUCAGGCAAAGAAACAAUUUACUUUAAGGAAAAAAACGAAUGGAUUGCACAUCACUAUAGUAGUGCAAUUUGCUAAUGUUUGCUGACAUUUUUCAUUACCUUACAAAUCAUGCUUAAUUUGGCUCAGUGACUCUUCCAGUGUGCAUUAUAGCUUCUUAUUAGUGGUAUUUUUCAAAAUUUUGAAUGCCGAUAAGAGAUUUGUUAAAUGUAUAUUAAUACAAACGGUGAAAUGGAAAUCUCACCAAAGCAGUAUAGUUCCAUAGUCUCUACAUCAUAUUUUCAAGGUCCAGUUUCUCUGACUUGACAUCUUUAUUUCACCAUAUUAUUUUCCCCAGAUUUUCCAUACACUUUAAUAUGCAUAGUGCCACGUAACUGAACACAAGUUGUUAUGUACAUGAUGCUAUGUAAAAUAUUCUGGAACUUUUGGAAUGAUGGCUAGAUAUUCCACUUUAACAGCAACUGAACACAAUACUAAGCAUAAUGCUAAGUUCCAUUAGGUUAGGUUUUCCCCUGACGUUAAGUCCAGUCGUGACCGACUCUGGGGGUUGGUGCUCAUCUCCACUUCUAAGCCGAAGAGCCAGCAUUGUCCGUAGACACCUCCAAGGUCAUGUGGCCGGCAUGACUGCAUGGAGCACCGUUACCUUCCCGCUGGAGCGGUACCUAUUGAUCUACUUACAUUUGCAUGUUUUCGAACUGCUAGGUUGGCAGGAGCUGAGGCUAACAGCGGGCGCUCAUUCCGCUCCCGGGAUUUGAACCUGGGACCUUUCGGUCUGCAAGUUUAGCAGCUCAGCGCUUUAACACACUGCACCACCACCAGGGGCCCAAGUCCCAUUACAAGUCCCAAUUAUCAAUAGUUCCAUUGAAUCACAAAAGUUUUUCACUUGCAGUUCAUAUCAGCUUAUAGAUUUGUCUCUUUUCAGGCUCUGAAAAAGAUGAGCACUAAAACUGCCAUCAGUGUACUUUACCUUCUUGAAUAUGUUCACUGAGGCUGUCCUUUGCUUUUGCUUGCUGUAUUUCAAGUUGCUCCAUCAGCACCGUGUUCUCCUCUAAGACAAGCUUAGCUUGGCUUUGCAGCUGCUGCCUAGAAAGAACAUGGAUUUCAAAAUGAAAGGUCACUCAUAUUUUCACAAAAGGUGCACUAAAUGGAAGAAUAUAUGCAUGUAUGUGUGUGUGUGGGGGGGGGGGGUGUAUGUUAAUUCGGAGAUUCCCAGUGGACAUAUAUAGAUAUUUUUAAAAACUAACGUAUUUCAUUCACAAUCUGCAUAUACUUUAGAAGCCAUUUGUGUAAUCUAAUUUAGUUCAAGCCUAUCAAGAUUUUUUUCCUGAAUGGUAUCAAAAAUAGUUUAAUAAUAUCAUACAUUAACAAUACACUUGCCAUUGUUUGGUCGUCACAGAGCUAUUUCUAUUUAGCUUCUUGUACAACUGUUCAUUUUCCUUCACUACCUCUUCAACUCGUGCUUUGAAGAGUUUCAUGUCUUCCUGAAAGAAAGAAAAAAGAAAGAAAAAAGAAAGAAAGAAAAUAUAAAGAACACAAAAUAGAAAUAGGAAUUUUCUUUUAAGGUUAACAUUUCCUGGUUCCCAUCAUCAUUUGAGCUUAGUAUCCCUUAACCAAAACCCUUGAGGCCAGAAAUGUUACGGAUUUCAUUUUUAUUAUACCUGUAUUUGCAUCUGCAAAUGUAAUUAGAUAACUUUGAUAUGGGACUGCAAAUGUAAUUAGAUAACUUUGAUAUCUAAACAAGAAAUUCAUUUAUGCUCCUUAAACACCUACCCUAAAGGUAAUUGUACACCACAGUUGUAAUAAUUUUGUGCAUGAAGCAAAGUUGAUGUACACUGAACCAGAAGGAAGGACAGGCUGCUGACCUGUGAUUAUAUGUCUUUGAGUGAUCAACACACACAAAUAGUUUGGCCUGCGCAGUGCAUCUUUUGGAUCCUUUUAGAAAGCUACAUAAAUGUCUUUUGUGGUAGCUAUAGUGACCUCCACCACCUCAUAUAAGGGCCUUCCCAGCUGGACUGCUAGUUCGUAGUGAUUGUUCCCACGAGCCAUCCUUCAGUAAUUUAUGGUGAUUCCAACAGCUAUGUUAGCAAGACCAAACAUUUUCAUCAUCCCAUGGGACAGGGUGUACAAGAACUGCACAUAAUCUUCUGUGACGAUAGCCAGAGCACCUUCUUGUCCUUCUUCAACACUCCUUGCCAUCCCAAGAAUUCCAUGUAUCCCAAUUAUGAUUAUGGCCUCAUCGCUUUAAUAGCAGCCAAUAUGUUAAAACUGAACUACAAAUCAUUUCAGUUGGCAGACAGAGCUCUAGGUAACAUAAUGAUAUGCCACACUCCUUCCCCAGUAGAUGGCCGUUAAGCUUGCUUCCUCACUUUAUCUUUUUCUAUCUGUAACUAUCUUGUUUCUUGGAAACCACCACUUGCAGCCUAAAAUAUUUCAGUUGAAAAACAGGUUUCUUUCUCAUCUACUGUUUGCAAAAAAUCUAAAAAGAUGGAGGAUAGACAUUUUCAGCAGAGGAUUCCAGGAAGCAUGGACUCUGAAAAUACAAGGUAUAUCCCAGUGUUCUUUAUGUUUAUAUUAUAUGUAGUAUGAUGUAGAAGCAUUUUGUUACAUUGUAAUGGACCAUUUCUAAAGAAUUCAUUUACCAACGUGCCUCAUGUGAAAGAAUCAAGUUUUCCUUUUCUCUCAUUCUGUCUUCAUAGGCCAACAAGAGGGGUGACAGAUAUUUCAUAUCCAACUAAAGGAAGUAAAAGAAAAAAUCAGCUCAUUUCAGCAUCAACAUGCAUUUUAAUAUUAUAAAUAUUGUUUACCUGCUUGAAAGAAGAUUCUUUAAUAAACUAGUGCUAAUUUUAAAUGCAGAAAUAAUUCCAGUGUAUAAAUCAAAACAGAGAGAUGAGACAAAUAGCAAUCACCCCAUAAAUAUGUCUUUGGCGACCAAGAUAACUAGGAAUAAAUAUCUGUAAACAACGAGUACUAAUAGUUUUGCAAAUUGCUUUGCUACUUACCAGCCAAGGUGGUAUUGGCUUUUUCAUUGGUAGACUUCCUGUCUUUGGACUCUUUAAGAUAAUAAAAACACAUGUCAGAAGUUGAAGCCACUAAGUAUCAUCCUUGGCUGAUUCAGAGAGAAAUUGAACAAAUGAACCAUGCUAGCUUUCUCGCCUCCAUUGCACGCUGCGCACAAGGACAGCAUGGAUCUGAAGAGGCUCGUUUUAUUUUUCCGUCUCCUUAAUCUGUUUUGAUUUUUAAAAAUAUUUCUUGACACUUCAAGAUACUGCUAAAGACACAGCAAAAGCACAUCUCAGGUAGCAGAUCAAAUGACAUCUAAAGAUUUCUGUGAAAUAAUUUAUCGACAUCCUUAUAAUUAAGGAAAUUAAAUCCUCAAGAUGCAACAAAACAGCUCAUUUUCCCUAUUUAUUAAGUUGUGUUAAAAUUAUUAGUUGCCAGCAUCAGAAUGAAGUAGUUUAAAGAGCAGUCUAAUAGCUCUGGAAUAUGAACUGCCAAUUGAAUUUGAUCAAUCAUGUGUUUUACUUUAAUUCUGGGUUUCUUUUUUCUUUUUUUUGGCAAAUAAACUUCAUUAUAUCUUUAUGCCAAAAAAAACAAAAAAGGGCGGCCAGAAUCCUGAACGGGAUCUUGUUAACAGCUUGUUUAUUUUAACUUAUUUUGUACCGCGGGUUGUAUGUUGUAUGUAUGUCUAUGUGCUAAAUGUUUUGAUACGGCCGAUGGGCUAAUCAAUAAAAUGUGAUUUAUUGGCUUUGA